AUGAAAGUUUCAUGGGUAUUGAUUGGUGCUUUGGUUGCGGUGUCUGCAUAUGCCUUUGCUGAUGCAAACGCAUACGCCGACCCAGAUGCUGAACCAGAUUCAUCAGCACAACUGAGAUUGUUCGGAUCGAGGGGCUCGAGCUCGGGCUCAAGCUCUUCAUCGAACAAAGUGACCGUUAAGCGUUGCCGAUGCAGACGCAAGAAAUGCCCAACAACGAGGGCUAGCAGCUGCAGAUGUAAGAAGACCACAACUAGGUGUCCAAUAGUUUGCAAUUCAGGAUCAGGUGGCUCUAGCACCAGGUCCUCAUCUACAGGCGGCAAUACCGGAGGCAAUACCGGUAGAAGUACGAAAUCGUCCACCAGCCCGGGUUCAACGUCGAGCACGUCGAGCACGUCGAACUCGUUCAAAUCGACCACGCUAUCGACAUCAUCGACAGGAAGCACAGGCUCAACGAGAGGAAAUUCGGGAGGUGGUGGCGGUGGUGUAGUAACAUCAUCGACCUCUUCAACUUAA